AUGCCUUAUCCCGAUGUUUAUGAACGCGACUACUCUUCGUUAUCGCAACCAAUAGGCUUCGGUGCCUUUCAUCUCGUAACGCUGGUGAUGACUGGAAUACUGUUUUGCUUUGCUUUGUUCAGUUUCUUCUGUGCCAUGAAUUUGAUUUCUGACUUGGCAGAAGAGUUCCCAACACGAGCAGGUAAGGUCCUCCGUGUGCUGGUGGUUGCCGUGAUGGGUGCUCAUGUCUUCAUUAUGGUAGUGGACCGGAUGAACUUUUUAUGUUCACUCGUUAGUUGCAUCACAAAUGGGCUGUACCUUCGCGCUUUGCGCCAUUUCCCGCUCCUUCCGCUGCUACAACCCUUCACAUGGUUCAUGGGGUUCUUUGUUCUCUUAGAGUCCGUAUUGUGGCUGCACCUCCUGGUAUCUUUAGACGCGCCGUCUGAGGUGGUUGGUUACGGGAAUAUGUUUGUCUUCAUGAUCAUGUUAUGGCUUGUGCCCACAGGGCUAAUUCUCUCAGUGGAGGUAGGACCAUGUGGCAUUUCUGAUGGACUGCAAAUGCUACGACCCCCUCAAGGCACGAAGCUGCCUGCAGACCAGUCGGGUAAGAGGGCGACAAUCGUCUCGUCACUGAGGAAAUACUUUUUCUCGAAAUCAUAA